CCGGCUCGACUCCGAGUAUAUAGAAGAGCAACGGUAGCUCCGUCGACUGAUUUCCGCUCGUAGACCCGCGAACCGAGCAUCCACGUUCAUCAUUUUCUCGCAGCCAGCCAUGAGACUUCGAAUCCUCUUUAUCGUUUUGGUUUCGACGACGGUGGCGCAAGAACAGAACGCGCAGCGUUCUGUUCGUACACCCCAGGCGCAAAUUAAGUACCACGAUCCAAAUGGCCUGAAGGUUGAUUGGAAGUUCUUCGGCGCGCAGAACCAAUUCCACUCUCGCCUAGAAAAUUCCCAAAUCCCUCAACAACAAGAAUUAGCUCAUCCUCAACAAUCAGCUCAUCCUCAACAAUCAGCUCAUUCUCAACAAUCAGCUUAUCCUCAACAAUCAGCUUAUCCUCAACAAUCAGCUCAUCCUCAACAGUCACACGUGAGUCAGCAACAAUCUCAAUCUGAACUCGUGCAAGUCGAAUCCGACCAUUUGGAACAUAGAUCGUACUUACAACAUCAAACUCAACCGGAACCUCAGCAAAUUCCCAACCAGAUACAGUACAAGACAUUCGCUCAACCUCAACCUGUACAAGAACUACCAGAUCCAAACCAACUUCAAUACAAAGUCUAUCCACAACCUCAAGCUCCGGUGGGACCUCAAUCUGAUCUCAAUCAAGUUCAAUACAGAUACUCAAAUGCUCCGUCUCACGCGAAACAAGUGAUUCUAGAAGACUUCAAGCCACAAAGUAUCCAUCCUGACUCAGCCUCUUUCGCUUAUCCAUCCAAUGCUCCAAUUGCUCAACAAUACGAUCAGCAACCAGCAAAUGCUGGCAUUUCUCAAUACGAACAAGAGAAUUAUGAACAAGAGGAACAGCAGAAAUCCAGAAGAGACUACGCAGAUAGAAGUUUGCAAGGCAAAAUAGUGUACAAAGAGGACUACGAGCAACGAGAGCAACAGGAGCCACAAGUGGAACAUAUAUCAGUGCCAGUCGAGAGGCUACCGCCGCCAAUUCCUCAAAAAUUGGUCAUCGACAAAAACAUGCCAAUGGAGAUCCAACAAUUGUUGCAGUAUCAGGCACGGUUACCAUACGAAGUUAUCGCGAAUAGUAUUUCUUACAAACCAAAAUCGUUGUUCGUACCGAAACCGUUUCCAGCUGAGACCAAAGGACCAUAUCGGUAUCGAAGCAAGGUUUAUUACGUAAAUAACGAUCAGUACGAAGGCGACUAUGGGACGGCUAAGCCUGUUGAAGAAAGUCAGAGGCAUUGAGAGGACUGAAAUAUGAAACAGGUGGAGUUUAUUUGGUUUAUUUGGUGGAUCGACGCGUUGAGAUUGGCGGGUGGGGAGGAUUGAGGGAUUUGAGGAAAGGGUAUCUGGGGAUGGAAUUUGGGAUUUAGAGCUACUUGUAGUUAGUAUGUUGGAUUUUGUGACUGUUUAGAUUUAGUUUGAAUUCAGUGUUGGAGGAAGUGACGCAAUAAACUAUUUUAUUUUA